ACUGCAACAACCGGAAAAGGUGACUAAAUGGCAAUGAUCAGAAGAUUCGGUCAUACUUUUACGAUCGUAAAUCUUUAUUUAUAACAUAAUUUACUUGGACUUGCCAUGUGAUAUUCAUAUUGUUAUUAGGUAUCAGUGUGUGAUAAAUAUAGUUUUCUUAAGUCUGUUUAACGUAAUUGUGAGAACAAAGCAUGGACGGCUGUGCAGCAGUGUACAACGUUUCAGUGAGGGAUAGCUAGCUAGCUAGCUAUCUUAAAGUUAGCAUAUUAUUGCUACUUGUUCUUUUUGAAGAUUUGGAUUAGGUAAUCAUCAACAACAAUUCCUCAAACUCUUGAACUAACAAUGGCAUAUAGGAGGGAACGGAACAUCCGCGAGGUGUAUGAGGAACGCUUCAUACAGGACAGAGCGGGGCCGUACCCUCGUGGCCCUGGAGCACCGGAGAGGAGGUCGACUUUAGGUCGGCCAGAGGAGGAAUAUAGCCGGGCAUUUGAGUACGAGAGCCCAGCCCGCUUCUACCCCAAUGGAGGCGCCCCACGCAGUUACCAUGGCGAGGAACAGAGAGGCUACCAUGGCGAUAGCCUGCAUUUUCCGAACGAGCGCAGGGCUGUUCCUCCCGCUAGAAGAGAGGACCCAUACCUCUACAGAGGACCCAGAGAGGAGCCACACACAACACGCCAGAUGGACUUUAGAAGCAGCAGCAGCCGCGCUGCAGCCCCGCCCAGCGUGCGAGGUCAGAUGUACCCCGCCCCCCGCUCCCUUUCAGCCGUGGUGCCAGAGGGGGGUGAUGACACUCUGAUGCAGGCCAUCCUCAGCCUGGACAGAAGCGAGGAGAGAGAUCCCUACAGGAGGAAGGGUCAGUUCCCCCCCCUGAGGGAGCGCUCCCCCCAGCGCAGAGACGUGCCCCCCUCCCCCCACAGUCGCUCCGGGUCCUCGGUCAGCAGCAGAGGGUACUCCCCAGACAGGGCCAAGGGGCUGGCCUACCCCCCGCAGGGAAAGAGUGUGGACUGUCCCCAGGGACACGGUGGAGGAGCAGAUCUCCUCUGGGGGACACUGAACCCCCCGCAGGCCGGACAUGACUACCUGGACAAAGACAGACCAGCAGGCCUUUCUGUCAGUGUGUCCAGAGAUGGUUCACCUCAGAGCACAGCGUCCACCUCCAAGGAAGAGGCACAUGUGCUGGACGGAGACCGUAACGAGGGGCUGGGCGCUCUGGAUGAAAGCCACAAGAUCUUGGAGGACUUCAAGGAGAGACGAGCUCAGGCCAUCGCUGCCAAGGCUCACGAGAUCGAGAAGGUGUUCAGGCAGGACUGUGAGACCUUCAGCAUGGUUGUGAAGAUGCUCGUUGAUAAGGACGCCUCUCUGGAGUCUCAGCUGCAGAUGCCUCUCAUGGAGAACAUCGUGGAGCUCCGCGAGCGCUGCUUCAACGACCUCAAACACUUUGUGUCCGAGCUGGACCAGGUGGUACUGCAGGAGCCCUCUGUGUGAGCGGCCGACCAAUCACAGCACACCUUCUAGAGAGAGAGAGAGAGAUGCUUGGAAAGUCAUGGCCAUUUCACAGAGACGAUGGCCAAAUGUGAGCCGACUUACUGCGGCCCUACAGAUAGGAAGUGAAUACUGCGUGUCGGAGAGACACGAUGACCUCUGCCGGGUGGUAUCUAACCAGGAGAUUAAACCUAGCACCAUCCAAUGGAUAGAAGUGGACCACCAAUGUUCUCAUGUUCGGCAUUAAGCUCUGUACAUUUGAGAUGAAACAGUGUUGAACUUAUUUUAUUUUUUACCAACAGAGGGUAUUGGUUGUACAAUGUCCUGAGCGGCCUCAGAACAGGAGUUCAAACACCCUCAGCAAACAAUUUACAAACCUUCUAUUCUUCUGUUUCCAUAGAAACGGUCACAUUGAGCCAGUCUUUGUGGCUCUCACUCCAGGGUUUAAGGAGAGCUGUUGUAGGUCAUCUGAUAAAGACCUCUAGCUUCAAAAUAUAUGUUUAUAGUGUGUUAUAAAUUUGGCCUUGCAAUCUCAUGUAAUGUAACAGUACCUGUAAUACCCGUCUUGACAGCUGUGUAUGGAUUUAGGACGCUCUAACCAACCACUCUGAUUUGGUGGUGGUUAUGACUGUUUUUCCUGACAACGGAUUUGAUUGUUUGUGUUGCAUUAUGUUGUUUAAAAGACAUUGAAAAAGAGAUGAAUAAAACAGGAAUUUGAAAUGCA